CCUAUAACAGCGGAACGUGCAUUAGAUAUGUGUAAAUUAAUGCGAAAUUAUAAAGAAUCCGGUCGAACAACAUUAAAUACUUCAAGCCGUAAUAUUUCGAAAAUUAAUUCGGAACGACGGCUAUCAACCGGAACGCUUAACCGUCUAAUUCUCGUUGCACAAGCAUUGGAAUCAGAAGUGCAAUAUCGUCGACAGCUUGGCGUAAAUAGCGAACGAAUUGUUAUUGCAUUACGAACUAUUAAUUUGGUAGGAAUGAUAAACCGGUAG